AUGAAGUUCCUCAGCGUUGGUGCCAUUCUUGCAGUUGGAGCAAAUGCUCUCUACCUCAAUCCCAGGUCUCCGGGUCCUCUGAGCCUGAGAUCAGCCAACAGUUCUAUCUGCGGCACUCAACUCUCCGACAAAUUCGAGUUCCCGCAUUUAAUUAUUCCAAUCAACUCAUCCUCUCCGGAUACCGCGUUGGGCACGUCGUUCAACGGCCAAGUCUCCACAGACGUGUCGUCGCUUUUCAACUUUGACAUUCCUGAAGGCGGUAACCUCAGAACCUGCUCGCUCGUGUUCCACUUUCCAAGUACCAUUCAGCACCCGCCCAACUAUUAUACGUUCCGCGGUGAUGGCAAGAUUCGGUUUGCCAGACUCGAUACUCCGGCUACUACGUCCACCACGUUCAAUACGGCCCCGAAGGUGCGCGAAUCCUAUGGAGAAUUUACUAUGCAGCCUGGAAAUACGUAUAGUAUUGCGAACUUCCAGUGUCCUAUGGGGGAGAAGAUCGGAUUCCAGGUGUCAAAUGCCGGUUCGACGGUCUUGAAUUACUUCCAAAACUAUGGAAACCCUGCUUUUGCUUAG